AUGAGCACACAACACAUUUCAAGCAGCCAAACUGUUAUGAAUAGCGUUAUAAAUCAAAGCACAGCUGACAAUGCUGCUACCCCCGACAAUCUCACUACCGAUACAAAACAGAGUCGAGCGAGCAAUACCACUGAAAGCUCCAAGUACCAUUUGAAGUCUGAUUGGGAUAUAUUUGGUGAUGAUGAUGAGUUUAUACAAGCUUUGGAAACGGAUGGUUCAACAUGGCUGGCCGUCUCAGGAACACAACAAAUGCAAGACAAUGACCAGCACAAGACAAGGAUAGAAAACCCAUUGCUCGAGAACAGUAAUGUAGUGGUAGAUGAUACCGCUUCAGCACAGCACAGCCAAACAGCACUAGCAGACGUGGACGAUUCACAAAGCGAUGCUCUUCUCGUGUCUGAUCAUUAUGCUGAUUUGCCCAGCUCUCCAGGAUUCUCCUUGGAUGAGCUGCCUAUAUUCUCCAAGCAAAAAACAGUAGAUGCAGAUGGUCAGCCGCACGAGACUGCAGACCUCUCAGAUACCGCCAAUCUUGCUUCUGGCAUAGCGCAUAAUGAGGACAUGGGAAUGGCAGACUCUGAUGUGUACCGGGUACGGGAUAAGCAUAUGACAGAUGAGGAUGUUGCUGAAGCAUUGGAUUGUCAAUUUACACAGCAAAUGGACAUGCUGGAUACAUUAGACUCGGCAUCUCUAUCUGCUCAACCAUUAUCAUCAUUCAAUGUGAGCGAUAUUGAACCAUCCACUGUUGAUUCAGGACAAUCCUCUGACACCAGUGCUCCUGCUUCAAGGUUCAAAUUGUCACUGAGACAGAGAAAUGCUAUUCAAUUGCAUCCAUUUACCAUUGAACAAGCCAAUUUCCAGUAUCUCAUCAGUCGAUCCAGUAUGAAAGGCAAAAUCAAAGCCGCUGUUUCCACGCAGAUUGCCGAUAGCCAAGAUACCGAAUUCACUAUUUCAGACACUCAACAAGUUGAUGUAACAACAGACGAGCUACAAGCAUCGCAAAUGCACCCUGAAGGCCCUCGAAAAUCUGCCAGUAAGAGCAAAUUGAAAAAGACAUCUCUCCCAUCCAAAUCAAAUAAGCGUGCUAAACAUCGAGCCAAGGGUUCCAAUAUCGCAAAUACCACUUUUGACGAUAUUGCAUCGCCUGUAUGCGACAAGUAUGGAUUGGAUAAGUUAAUUUUGCCUACAGUCGCCACAGGUGCCUCAAGAAAAGAAAAGCCGAAAAUCAUCACCUUUCAGAAAAAGAAAGGAUCGAAAAAGGAUAAAUCAGUCGUCAGGAAAUUUCUUCCCUCCUCCUCUACAUCACGCACAAAGGACAUUUUUGAUUUUGAUGCACAGCCUCGCUCUUCGUUCAAUUUUGCAGCUAGUUCAAGCGAUCUGCGUGCCACCUCCCCAGAUCCAGAUGACUAUCUUCGGCAGCAGAUGCAAGACAUGAACGCUGACGUUGAUUUCAACAACUAUGGCAGCGAUAUGGAUGAUGAUGAAGCGGAUGCUGUGGAUGCAGACAACGAAGAGACAAUUAAGAGAAGGUUCAGGGUCAAGAAGCAUGCCAUUUUGGAUAGCAGUGAUGAAGAAGAAGACAUGGAGGACGAUGAGGAGGAGGAGGAGUCUCCACCUGAGCGAGAACUGACAGAAGCAGAAUUAGACGCUAUCUUCAGCUUCCCUGGUACAAGCGCUCUGACACCAAAAUCAAGUAGAAUCACUGGAAAGCGAUUGACGAGACCAUCAUCAGAGGAUGGUGUGGUAUCUAUUGUCGAGGAUGCGUUCGAACACCGAGAACACAAGAGACAACGAAUUGGUCUUCAAGAUGUGCUCAAAAAGAAAAAGACGCUCAAAAGCAUUUUACCUGCUUCUUUUCUCAAAAUUUAUCAAAAGGAGCUGCUGGAGGAGGACAGGCUACGAAAAGCGCCUAAAAAGCGCACAGUGAGUACCAAUGCCUCCAAAUCAAAUACUGCCACAACCUCUUCCAACACAAGACACGCCUCGUCUUGCUCUACAAGUAGAGCGGAUCCUGAUGUGUUUGCGGCAUUCUUGGACUCUCAAAGCGAAGGUUCUGGCGACGACUCUGAUGACAUGCAAGAUGCGUAUCCAACACUCGAUGAUUAUGUGACCAUGAUGGACUAUGCUACUCAAAUACCCAAUACUCAGCAGCAUCAGGCGGGAUCAGCAACACCUACAGGCGAUAACACCGACUUUUUCGAGAGUUCAGCAGCGCACUCAUCUAAGCGCACGCUUAAACAAACUCAACUGAAUGCAGGCAUCUCUUCGCGAGCUGGAUCUCCAUCACCAUUGUCAAGGCAACACCCUCAGUCUGUAUACCCUGUCGAGGAACCGAUUGAAGACAACAGAAUCCAGCGCUAUCACCAAGGCACUAGCUCCAGAAAAUGGACUACAAAAGCAAAGAAAUUAGUGAAAAGAGCACCCAGAUCUUCCAUUGCCAUCAAAAGACCAGCGGACGGCCCAAAGAAGCCAUCAAGUAUACCCAUUAGAGACAAUCCAGCUCCCAAAAAGCGCAGAAAGAAGGUCAAGAGAACAAGAGAUGAUAUAUACUGCCACGCACUAAAUUCAUAUCGAGCUUGGAAUGAUCGCUCCGGUCAGGCACCCGAUAACAAUGGCCGUGCCUACUUUCAACGGUCCGUCGAUACCCCUCGCAUGGCAUUUGAUGACAUCUAUGUGGGUACAAGGCAGUACGUACGUUAUGCCAAUGAGUCUUUGCACGGUGACCGGUUCAAUGAGCUGUUUGAUCAACAGCAAAAUGAGCAUAUCAAGGAAAAGCUGAAUGUGCUUAUCAUUCAUACGCUGCCUAAUGUCAUCAGUCGAGUGCGGCAUUUGCAGGAUUAUGAUCUGCGACGUAUUUCAGGCCUUAAAGACACUGUUUAUCUGCACCAUCGCUUGUUGACGCCCCUCUUGUCUGCUAUACCCAAUCUCAAAUCAGCAUACAAGCAUCUUCAGGACAACUAUGUGGAUUUGAUCUUAUUUGAUAAGCAUCUGUUGUGGAGAAACGUCGUACCCGAAAAUGAAUGGUUGCUUGCGCAUCUCUUUUACAAGGUUUCCGGUGAUAUAGUGAAGAUCUGCAAAGAGAAAUUCCCUCUAGACGACAAGGAGCUGCCUGGCCAUGAUCAUUUUUAUACGUUUGUGUCUGUUUGCUUGACUCAAUGGAUCCCUCUCCAUCCGUAUGAAGACCGUGUCCAGCUGACCGAGCUAUUUAUGCGAUACAUUCGGUAUUUGGGUCAGUUUGUACCAAGAUUAGUGGAAGAGUGCAAUACAGGUGAUUUAACAUGGCGUCCUAUCGUCAAAUUGAUGGUGUAUAUUCUGGAUUGGACAUGUCGUCUUCAUCAUUUGGGUGUGCAUCAGAUCGACUGGUCUGUGACGCAGUGUACAAAAUCACUCAUCGAUAUUCUGGUGUUCAUUGGCUUUGGCGAAAUUAAAUCGUGCACCAAAGACUACCUAGCAGAAGCUUGGAUCUGUCUACUGCAAAUCAUGUCUGUGUCCUCCAAAACAAGCGGCUUUUACUUUGAUGAGCAAGUCUUUUUGGAUCAAAUGACAGAUAGUAUCAAGAAAAAGUCAAAGGAUCUCGGUGUGUAUGAAUUUGACAAGAGAAAAACAACUCGACUGUGGGCAGAAACUCUGAAUUUUGUCAUUGAACAGUACAUGCUGCUAUAG